AUGGCAGCCAAAAAAAGAAAGGCUAGCAGCCGACAGUCGGCAGGCAAGAAAAAUGAUUCGGCCAUGCGAACGAAGUACAAUAUCAAUGAGACUUUUGACAACUCAGAAGAUGAGUUUAUGGCCGGCCGCGAUCAGGUUUUGUUAGAAGAAGGUCCAGAAGCGAAGAGAAGGCGCAAGUUGCAAGAAGAGGAAGCCGACCUUCAACCCUCCGACGAAGAAGUUCUCGGAUACGACGAGGACGAAGACGAGUUAGAUGACGAUGACGAUGACGAAUAUGAAAACGACUACACGUCCAGCAAGCGAAAAGGUGUAUCGGAUUCAGAGUCAGAUGCAGGCGCCAACGAUGAGGACGAAGAGGAAGGCCUCGAGGCCUGGGGUUCCUCAAGAAAAGACUAUUACAAUGCCGAUAUGAUCGAGACAGAGGCCGAUGCGCUCGAGGAAGAGAGUGAAGCAAAAAGACUACAACAGAAACACUUGAAGGCAAUGAAAGAGGCGGAUUUCGGCUUCGACGAAAUCGAUUGGGUGGAAUCUGGAAAGGGCCCCGAAGAUAGUAAAGACGGCCAAGAUGGGGUUGUUACUGAGGUACUACCCCAGCUGGAGAUUACAGACGACAUGGGUUCUGAGGAAAAACUCAAAGUCUUGAAGACGAGGUAUCCCGAAUUCGAACCCCUCGCAAAGGACUUUGUCGACCUCCAGACUGAGUACACAACUAUUCUGGCAGACGCCCAGAAAGCGGAAGAAGCUAUGGACGGUUCUGAGACGUCUGUUCCAGUACCAAUUAUUAAGUUUCGGGCACUGGCUUCUUACCUUGGAUCAAUCAGCAUGUACUUUGCUCUUCUUACGUCUCCCGCAGAGGAUGGUGAUGGAAAAACGGUUGCUCUGUCGCCAACAGAACUGCGAGAUCAUCCUAUCAUGGGAUCCUUAGUUAAAUGCAGACAACAAUGGGAAACUGUCAAGGAUUGGAGUAUCCCCGAGGAAUCCGAAAAUAUCGAAGAAGACGUUGAGGUUGAAGGUUCGGAAGUGUCCGUUGAAUUCGAACCAGCUGUACAGCAAUCCUCGAAAGAAAAGAAAUCGACCAAAUCAGCCCAGAAAGAAAAGAAGUUGAGCAAAUCACAGCAAGCAGCAGAGAAAGCACGCGCCGAAGCCGAAGCCCGUCGUGCCGAAAAGAUCAAGAAGGCUGAAGCCGGCUUGGCCGAUCUGGCCGACUUGGUCAAAACAUCCAGCAAAAAGUCUAAAGCACUAUCGAAAACCACAGGCUCUCAACCUCAAGAGGACGAUGAUUCUGACCUCGGCGACGAGGACGCCCUUACCGCCCACGAAGCCGAAGAAAAGGCUCGAAAGAAGCGCUCUCUGCGAUUCUAUACCUCUCAAAUUGCGCAAAAGGCCAAUAAACGAAACGCCGCUGGCCGAAAUGCUGGUGGUGAUGAAGAUCUACCAUACCGAGAACGUCUCAAGGACCGCCAGGCACGUCUCAACGCGGAAGCUGAGAGGCGUGGUCGUGCGCAAGCCAACGAGACUGAACAGCUGGGCGGUGACUCUGACGAAGAGGAUCACCGUCUUGCGCGCGAAGUCCGUGGCGAUGCCGCCGGCACAGAUGACGAUGAGUACUACGACAUGGUCGCCGCUCGCAACAAGCAGAAGAAAGCAGACAAAAAGGCUCGCGCUGAGGAAGCCGAGGCCGCUCAGAAAGGAGAGCGCUACGAAGAAGUUGAAGAAAUUGGACCCGACGGUAAACGUCGUAUUACAUACCAGAUUGAGAAGAACAAAGGUUUGACUGCGAAGCGGAACAAGGACGUACGCAAUCCGCGUGUCAAGAAAAGAAAGAAGUUUGAGCAGAAGAAGAAGAAGCUUGCUAGUAUCCGUCAAGUGUACAAGGGAGGUGAGGGUCGUGGAGGUUACGCUGGUGAGCUUACGGGUAUCAAGAAGAAUCUUGUCAAGAGUGUUAAGCUAUGA